AGCAGUGUGUGACUUUUGUAAUAUGUGUCGUGAGUGAGUAAUGUCCGUGUUUACUCCACCUAUCGGCGCAGUUUACUGUGAUUCUACCGAGACACGGUGAGCUUGAUGGAGUUACGCCUGCCCUCAGACACACACCGGCGGCUGUUAUUCUGCAUUCGGGCCGUUUAUUGAGUUUAUUGACAGGGACUGCAUGUGCUCGUCACGAUGAGGGUCUGUCACAUUUCCAAUCUGCUGCUAAAAUGACCUUUACGAGCAUCAAAACAGACGGAAAGUUGGACGGAAGAAGGUGAAGUAAAGUGAAUAUAUUAGCCAGCAGCGCUAGCAGCGCGGCUCAAACGACACUUAUUUGAUAUUUACAUGCUGUUUGAUUCAAUAUAGUGUAGAUGCGAACGUGUAAAUAGUGUUUUCAAUAGUUUUUGUGUCACCCCGCUCUUUGUUUCUAAGUUAACGUUAGUGCUCUUUAGUUUGUUAGCUUGAUUUGCUAGCUGUCAUUUGAACUACCUCUGAAGUCAGAACAGGUUUGCCAGUUUAUUUACCACUUUAAGUGUAUUUUACGUUAGUUUACUUACAAAAUAUUAACAUUUAACAUUUUUAGAUUUAUCGUAUAAACAAACAUUUCCCACAGAAAUCGUUCAGAGGUGAUCUGUCAUAAGUGUCAGCUGUCUCAGAUGUUUCUCCUAAAACUCCUUAGCAGAAACAAAUAUAGACACAAAUGAGACUGUUGACAUACAGUUACAGGCCUUAAUGCGUAUGGCAUAGGCUCGGAUUGUUUGUUAGAAGGAGAAAUAUUUGAGUUUAUUACUCUUCUGAAACUUAGAGGAGACACUUGUGGGAUUGCAGGGUCUUAAUAACAGAAUUACAUACAACUUGUCUCCAUUUAAUCUCAUUGCUGUCUCUGAAACUUCCGAGAUUUACAAUAGAACGUGUUAGACAUGCUGUCAGUUUGCUGAAAUCACAUUUAUAUUAGUUUACAUGAAUAGACGUCCAUAUAGCUGUGUACGUUAGCAACCUACUUUUCAAUAACUUUCAUUUUGAAUGAUCUCAAUAUUGAUAAGCUACAAAGAAAUGUCUGUGUACUCAAAACUGCCCUCUGAGCUGAAGAAGCCCCUUGUGAGAAACACCAUUGUCCUUCUUGUUGCGCUGUAUGGGGCAAAAAAACUUUCUCCUUAUGUAUAUGGCAAGCUCAAGGGAAGGACUAAUAAACAGGUCAAGGGCACCGACCCGGUUACCGCCAAUGGAGAGCCCCAAGAAGUGGAAGCUGCAAAGAAAAAGAAAAGCUCCCCGGCUGUGAACCGUGAAUUCUUCGAGAGGUUGAUUCGUCUCUUGAAAAUCCUCUUUCCUCGGCUUUUCUGCAAAGAACUCGUCCUGCUCGGUUUCCACUCUCUAGCCCUCAUUUCACGCACCUUUCUCUCCACAUAUAUAUACAAAAUUUAUAUGCAAAAAUAGAAAAAAACUAUUAAGAAAAAACACACCACGUCUUUUGUUGUAAAAUUAACCAAAUGGCUGCUCAUCGCCAUUCCCGCCACGUUUGUGAACAGUGCCAUCCGUUACCUGGAGGGUCAGCUGACCCUUGCAUUUCGCACUCGAUUGGUCACCCAUGCUUACAUGAUGUAUUUCAGUGACCAGACGUAUUACCGUGUAAGCAACAUGGAUGGCAGGCUGGCCAACCCUGAUCAGUCUUUGACUGAAGAUGUGGUGAUGUUCGCUGGCUCUGUGGCUCAUCUGUACUCGAACCUGACCAAGCCUAUCCUUGAUGUAGUGGUGACCUGUUACACGCUCAUUAAAACAGGCGAGUCGAAAGGUGCCAACACCACAUGGCCCUCCAUCAUAGCUGGCAUUGUUGUGGCGUUUACUGCCAAGAUUCUGAGAGCGUUCUCUCCCCGCUUUGGUAAGCUGGUGGCCGAAGAAGCCAGGAGGAAAGGCGACCUGAGAUACAUGCAUUCACGCAUCAUCGCCAAUUCAGAGGAGAUUGCCUUCUAUGGAGGACAUAAGAUCGAGAUGUUGCAGCUGCAGCGGAGCUACACGGCGCUGUCCAAGCAGAUUAACCUGAUCCUGUUCAAGAGGCUGUGGUAUGUCAUGCUGGAACAGUUCCUGAUGAAAUAUCUCUGGAGCGCCUCGGGCCUGGUCAUGGUCGCCGUGCCCAUCAUCACUGCCACCGGAUACUCUAAAUAUGAUUCAGAGGAUGUAAAGCAGGCAGCCCUGGGGAUGAAGGAGGAGGACUUGGUGAGUGAACGCACCCAGGCCUUCACCACGGCCCGGAACCUUCUGAACGCUGCAGCUGAUGCAGUGGAGAGGAUCAUGGUCUCCUACAAAGAGGUCACAGAACUGGCUGGAUAUACGGCUCGUGUGUAUGAGAUGUUUGAGGUGUUUGAGGAUGUGCGUGUCGGAGUGUACCGUCGUUCGGCCUCAGAGGUGAAACCAGAAGAGUCAGGGGUGGCUGGGAAGAUAAAACAUGGCAUGAGAGUGGAGGGACCGCUGCAGAUCAGAGGUAGCGUGAUUGAUGUGGAACAGGGCAUCAAAUGUGAAAACCUGCCCAUAAUAACUCCUACAGGGGAUGUGGUGGUUUCCAGCCUGAACAUACAGGUUGAUGAAGGCAUGCAUCUGCUGAUCACGGGCCCCAACGGUUGUGGAAAAAGCUCUCUCUUCAGAAUCCUGAGCGGCCUCUGGCCCGUCUACAGCGGAGUGCUUUACAAGCCAUCACCCGAGCACAUGUUUUACAUACCUCAAAGGCCUUAUAUGUCAGUGGGAACGCUGAGAGAUCAGGUCAUCUAUCCUCACUCUGUUCAGGAGAUGCAGGAGAAAGACAUCACUGACCAGCAGCUGGAGGACAUCCUCAAAACUGUGAACCUCUGCUACAUCCUGGAGAGAGAAGGAGGUUGGGAUGCAGUGAGCGACUGGAAGGAUGUGUUGUCUGGAGGAGAGAAGCAGCGGAUGGGCAUGGCCAGGAUGUUUUACCAUAAGCCUCAAUACGCCCUCCUGGAUGAGUGCACGAGUGCUGUGAGUAUUGAUGUGGAGGGCAAAAUCUUUGAAGCUGCAAAGGAUGCUGGGAUUGCGCUUCUCUCUAUUACACACCGUCCUUCUCUCUGGAAGUACCACUCCCACCUGCUGCAGUUUGACGGCGAGGGUGGCUGGCGCUUUGAAAAGUUGGACGCCUCCACACGUAUCUCCCUGCAGGACGAGAAGCUCCGGCUUGAGACCCAGCUCUCGGGAAUUCCCAAGAUGCAGCAGCGGCUGGCAGAGCUGUGCCACAUUCUGGGGGAGGACAGCAGUCUGCCGAACCCAGGGGAAGUGGAGGAGGACGACGGGAUGGAGGGAGAGAGGGAGCAACAGAAGGAGGGGGAGGAGAAGGAGAGAGAUGUGGUAUCUGGUGGAAAAGGGAAAGACCUUAUGGAGUGAUUUGCUGAGAGAUGAUGGAUGCAUUCAAGGCCAGGUGUGAGCGUGUGUGUGUGUGUGUGUGUGUGUGUGCAUAUAUAAGCCCACAUAUGUUUUAGAUGCAUGCAUUGACUUAAUGUGUCUCUAAUAGGGUUAGGAAUCAAGAACUUAAUCAGAACCAGUUCCUUUUUUUAAAGAAAUAGCACAGCGGGAAUCGUUUUAAGGAUGUUUGGUUCUGUUAACGGUUCUAGAAUGGUUGCAUUCCACCAAGGAUUCAGAAGAAACACUGCAAUAAAAUAUGCAAAACACCUUGAACCAAUUUUGCCAUUGUUAUGAUGAUCAACGAAUGAUUUCAAAAGACAGCUAUAACCUUUUCUUUUUCACAGACUUUGAUUACAUUUAGAGUUGUGAGUCAUUCAAAACUGAAUUCAGGAUGUUAACCCUUGUGCUGUGAAGUCCCUUAACUAAUUUGCAGUUCCUGGUCAAAAAUUAUGCCUUUUUUUUUUUUAAAUGCUUAUAAAAUUCUUAUUAUGGCUAUAUUUUCACCAAAUCUUGUUUUCUUUCAAUCAGCAUAGAUUUUGUAUAUCUUUUUGGAACUGGCUGAUCAUAGGCCUCAUUGAUCUGAGCGCAGUUAAAAGCAGUAUUUGUGGAUAAUUUAAGCAAAAUUCAUUUAAAAACUGAGGUGCAUAAGCUCAGAUCAAGAUAAGAACAGGUGAACCUGUUGUUUUUUAUCCAAGAAUGCAUAAAACAAAUUCUUUUUGAUUUGUCACUGUUAAAAUCUCAUUUCAUAAUUUGACAACAGGCUUCUGAGGGUAGUGAAUGCAGUACACUUGUUUUCCAAUCACUGUCCAUCCUGCUUCAAAAUUACUAAAAGAACCAUUGAGGAAUCCGAAUCAGAAUCAGAUUCCCAUCUUUAGUCUCUAGAGAGAAAAUGCACAGUGAACACUUCAAAGCUUUUGUUAGCUGUACAGAGACAAUGCAGUUAGUGUGUGUGUUUGUUUAUGUAUGUAUGUGUGUGUGUGAGGGUAGUACUCAAGACUGGGUGUGUUUUGGAGGGGGUGGGAGACAGCUGCCAACUCCACCAGGUGCGGCCGAUGAUGAAAGCACCUAUGAAAGCUGUUCCUCUUGCUCGUUAUCACCGUUCUCUGAAGAAUUCUCUGGAAAUCUGCGGGACCCAGGCAGCGUGUGCGUCUGUGCGUUUGUCUUUAGGGAAAGGGUGACAGUCGAGUUGGGCUCUGCUGUUUUGUAUCAGUUCAGGGGUGGUAUUUUCAAACUUCUAAGGAGUUGCCAUGAAUGCUGUAGCUCAAAUCCGUGCCAUGUUUUAAUGCAGAAUCAAAAAGGGGAAAUUUGUCCACAGUGUAGAUGAUAAGUUCUUUGUUUUUAUGUAAUACUAAUAGAUAUUUGAACAGUGACCACAUUUACGUGCACACGAAUGCUGUGUACAUGUAAACAGGAAUAUCCCAAUAGGAUGUUGUAAACAUCUUUUCUGUGAUAAUGUGCAAGUAAUUGUGGUCAAUAAGAAUUGGCAAAUUUUAAAAUGUAGCUUUUAUUCUUUAAACAAUCAGCAAGAAGCUAUGGAAGCUUGUCUGCACCACAGAAUACAAUAAAUAAAUAAUUGUUAUUGCAAAUUUUUACUGAUUUGUUUUCUUGCAGUUCUGAGAAAAAAGUCAGACAUGCAAGAUAUAAACUCAGAAUUGCAAGAAUUGAGAUUAUUAUGAGACAAUUAUGAGAUAUAAAUAUGAGAUUAAUCCAUAAUUCUAAGAAAAAAAGCCUGAUAUGUGAGAUAACAGUCAUACUUUUAUUUAUUUUUUUAUUCUGUGGUGGAAAAAGGCUUCCAUGAGAAGCACCUUUGAAGGAAAGUUUUCCAUUCAAGUUAAAUUUCUAAUUAUGUCCAUUAGAGGAGAUAAUGUUUUUCUAAUAAUUAAACUUUCAUGCUCUAAUUUUGUACAAAAAGCCAGAGGGUAGAUCAGAUAUGACUUUUUAGAAAUGAAAAACAAGGGCUUGAUUCUGUUGGUCUGAGCGCAGGGCCUGAAGGAUCGCCCAUAGACACAUGAUGAUUAAAUCAGUUCUGAUUUAGCCCAAGGUGUUGUGUUAGUUGUAGGGUGAUGACCACUAGAGUUAAUCUGAACAUUAACGAGACCUCUUCCAGCCGAGACAUUUCUUUAAAGUGUCCUUAGAAUUUCAAUCUUUUAUGUAACAUUUCAAAGUGCUUUUGUUCUCUUGUCAUGUGUUGAUUUCAGAAGGUCAGUCACUUGAUGUUUGACGAUUGUAACAUUUAAUUACUGCUUUAAAAGAAAUUUCUAUUCAAAAGAUGACAUUGAAUUUCAUGUCUAUUUCUUACUAAAAUAUUUUAUAAUGUGAGAUUUUGCACACAUAAUGCACAGAUGAUUUUGUAUCUUGAACCACAAAUUGAUUAUAUUUUCAUUGCAAUAAUUAUUUGUAAGACUUUUCAAACUAAUAUUUCACCUUUGCUAACGCAAACUAUUCUGUAUUGUGUUUUUUUUUUAGGUAUGACUAUGAUAAAAGCGAUUGCAAUGUAAUUGAUUCAAUAUUAGACCCUUUGCACAUUUGGCUGAAUUAUUAAAAAUGUAUCUCUACAGUCGAAUAAAACAUUUCCUCUUGAAAACA